AGGUGGGAAUACUUAACCUAUAAAACACAGCUUCCAGUUGCCAGGUCCAGCACUUUCAUGCCUGAACUCGAAAGCCCACAAACCUCAAUGCAUCGAUUCAGCUCAGCUCUAGUUAUCCUGCAGAAUCUGCCAUCGCAUACAGCCAUGAAGCUCCCAUUAUCCAAUUUGGAAGUUCUUAGAAUCACCAAGGAGAAAGUGAAGCGUUUCCAUGAGUUUGUGUGCACAAGGCUCAGUUCCCUCUCCAAGUGUACAGCAGAUUUGUUCAGACGCUCUUACUUGUUUCUGGUAUUCAAAAGCAAUCCUUUGAUAGUCCAGCUUAUUUACCUUUUGUCAAUAUCAUUUGCUGGUUUCCUUGCUCUGAAGAACCUCAGGCCACUGAAUAAGCCAUCUCCAAGGAACUUGGAUCUGAUGUUCACCUCUGUGUCCACAGUGACGGUGUCGAGCAUGGCAACAGUUGAGAUGGAGGAAUUCUCUGGCCAGCAGCUCUGGGUUUUCAUCAUACUGAUGAUAUUGGGAGGAGAAGUGUUCGCUUCAAUGAUAGGGCUGCAUUUCAAAAAUAUUCGGGCCAACACCGAGGAGGCCUUCCAGACAAGAUUGGAUUUCAUAAGCAGGGACAUCGAAUCCUCUGAUGUUUUCACCAACAGCGGUCAUAAUAAUAUGGAAGGCACCCAGUCAGAGGAAACCAUGCCACACAAUCAGGUACAGGAAAGCAAAGCGAUGAAUCAGAAAUCCCGCAAUGUUUUGGCUCAUGUAGUAGCUGUCUAUUUCAUAGCAGCAAUAGUUUGCAGCUCUGUAGUCAUUACCAUCUUCCUAUGGGUUGACUCCGAUGCAAGGCAUCUACUGAAGAGUAAACAUAUCAAAAUUUGGACAUUCUCAAUCUUCACAGCAGUAUCAUCAUUUGCAAACUGCGGCUUCACUCCGUUGAAUGAUAGCAUGGCAAUUUUCAAAAAUAACCCGACUUUCCUUCUUCUGCUUACCCCACAGAUUCUUGUAGGCAACACUUUGUUUGCACCACUGUUGAGGUUAAGCAUAUGGACCUUGGGAAAGGUGAGCAGCAGAGAAGAGUACGCUUACAUCCUUCAGCACCCGAAGGAGAUUGGAUACAGGCACUUGCAACCUCAUAAGAAUUCUGUCAAAUUGGUUCUGACUGGAGUGAUGCUAAUUUUGCUGCAAGCGAUGCUUAUUUGUUAUUUCGAAUGGGAUUCAAAGUCCUUGGAGGGAAUGGGAUGGUUCCAGAAAUUGACAGGCUCGCUGUUCCAGAGUGCCAAUUCAAGACACGCUGGUGAAACUGUCAUUAACAUCUCGACCCUUUCUCCACCGAUUAUGGUGAUAUUUGCACUUGCCAUGUACCUUCCUUCUGGUACUUCAAUCCUCGCUUCACGCGGUGAUAACCGAAGCUUAGCAGAUAAAAAGGAAAAUCCGAAUGGCAGAGCAACGUGGAAGAAGUUUGCCAUGACCAAGCGUACUUGUUUAGUAAUAUUCACAAUUUUGGCAUGUAUAACUGAGAGGAAGUCGAUGACUGCCGAUCCACUCAAUUUCAGCAUCUUCAGCGUGAUAUUCGAAGUGAUCAGCGCGUACGGCAAUGUAGGGUACUCGCUCGGCUACAGCUGCGACAAGUUACUGAAGCCCGAUGCGACGUGCAGAGACGCUUCGUACGGGUUCGUCGGCAGGUGGAGCGACCAAGGGAGGCUGAUCAUCAUCCUGGUGAUGUUCCUCGGGAGGUUCAAGGCGUACAACCUCAAAGGGAAGAAACCCCUGAAUGUGCAUCCAUGUACAGGUGCAACACCACAUGAGAGGCCAGAGGUGGCUGCAAAUUAGGUUUGGGAACCUGCAUAAUAUGGAUCCUGGGCGUGUAAAUCGGCUCGUGAUCGAAGGGGAAUGUACUAGCAACCCCAGAUGACCAGGGAUGUUCAUAGCAUUGGCAGUAAUGUAAGCCCGUCGCCCUGGAA